GCUGCUGGGGUUUGCCUCUCUCCUCUUCCCAGGUGCAAAGAAUGAUGGAUUUUGAAGAGGAAAUUAAACCCAUUUCAGAUACUUGUGUCAGUGAGACCAGUUCUGGAUUAUCCGCAAGAGCAGGAAUGACGAAUCUUCAAGGAUCACUGAUGCUUCCCGAGCUGCCUGCACUGGCGGCCCAUGAGACUCACCACAUCUUUGUCAGUUACAGUAACAUCAAUUCAGCCUGGGCGAGGAACCUUAUCCAGAGCCUUGAAGCCAUGAUUCCUAAUCUGAAGGCCUGUUAUCACGAGAGGGACUUUAUACCAGGUAAAACAAUCAUUGAAAACAUGGUUGAGGCCAUUCAACGAAGCCAGAAAAUUGUCUUAGUCCUCAGCCCAGACUUUGUCCAGAGCAGGUGGUGCCUUCUGGAAGCCAAUCUGUCUGUCUUCCAAGACUGUUUAGAAAGCAAGCCAGUGAUCCCCAUCAUGUUGGUGUCCUGUUUUGUGCCACUGCACCUCACCCAUUUGACUUACAUUGACGCCAGUGACAUCCACUUUUUGGAUAAAGUUAUCAAGGUCAUUUGCACUCCCAACCAUGAGAUGAAGAAUGCCACCAUGGUUCCUUAUAGCCCUCCAUCCCUUUACAGUGGGAAAUCCCUACUGUCUCUACCAGCAGUGGAUGAUCAGGUCAUUCCAAGAUGGAAAGGAGGCACAUUCAGUGAGGCACUGCCUGACCAGCUGAAGAUAGUCUGUGAAGAUACUGAGGUCUACAGAAAGGCCAUCCGGAUGAUUAAUGAGGUUUCAUCUAGGGUAUCACCUUGUUCAUCAGUCAGUAUUAUCUUGGGGAUGUCAGCUUGCCUGUUAGGAAGCUUGCAAUUGUUAUUAGUCAUCUUCUUCUUUAUUUCAUUAACCUCAGACUAUGAUAACCCCUAUGGAAAUUUCCAUGGCUGUAUUUUGGUCUUUGCAACUUUGUCUACUUUUUCUGCUUUUGUUAAUUGGGCCUACAACUAUAAAGUCAAAUCAGCUGAUCAGAAACUUCUGGAGAUGUCCCAAGUUGCUGGUGAGGCCAACUCACUGCUGAUAAAGUAUUGCCUGUUGGUUGGCUGUGAUUCCCGAGUAAAGCUCCAGUUAGUUUACAUCUCCCUUGAAGGGUGCAGAAGGCACUUCUCAGAGACUUUUGGAGAGGGAGAAUACUCUGCUGAAGAGAUGUUCCAGCGAGCCUUGCACUAUUUCUCCUCUGAUUAUGCCUGUUGUGUAGCCAAGAGGCACUUCCAGUUCUCUUACUCAGGGCCCACACCAGGGCACUGGGAUAAAGGACCCUGUUUUUGCCAAUUCGUUUCCCACUGCAUGGAGGAAGGAUCCUGGCACUGGAAUAGUCAUUAUCAUCCAGAUAAAAGACAACUGGGAAGAGAUUAGAUGCUGGAGAGUUUAUACUCUGAGCAGUUGGCAAGAUAGAUAUGUAGUGGACACUUCUUAGUCUCACCAGUCUUUUUUCUCUUGACAAAGAGAGCAUUGGGUAGCAGGCAUAAAAAGAGAUUGUCUUCUAUUUUAACUUGACCUUCAAAGAAUUUCAGGACUAAAAUAUCUGCAGCCCAAAAGUCUAUGGUGUAAGUAUCAAAGGGAAAAAAGUCCUUUCUUCAUCUACUGAGGUAGCUACAACUACGCACAGCCCUGAGGAGCCACUCACAAGACAAAGGUUAGGGGAAAAAAGUGGUUGGAAUUGCAGAUGUUCAAGUGCACAGCAGAGGGCUCACUAACUAAUAUAAAUCGCUAAUAUAGGGGAAACUGUCCACUAGAGAACUAUAUUUACCCUCAAUUGUGGGCUUCUUUGCAGGGCACUUGAAAAGGCUAGGUGAUUUACUGUCUGUCGAACACAGCAUGUUCUUUACUACAUCCCCUUUAAUUAAUCUUCACUGUAGGUUGUAUGAAACAGAUGGAACAAGUGCUCGCCUCCGAGUCUGGCUUUGUAAGUGUCCAUAAGGAAUUGCCUCGCUGUAUGUUAGUGUGGGGUAGAGUGCUAUUGAAAAGGACAGCAGUGGACAGAAUCAACGGUGACCAGUGUGGAUUCUGGAAGUUCAUCCCUUUGGGACACCAGUGUCUUUAGAUGGAUGCCAUCCGUGAUGCACCCCAUAAUCUGAAAGCAGAUGGGGAACAACAGCAAGUCUGCCAGAAGGAUGAAUCCCUGACAUGUCCUUUUCAGGGAUGACAUUUUUAGUCUUUACAGAACAUUUUACAAUGCUGAUUUCUGGCUACGUCAAGAUGUUCCUUCUCUCUUCAGCACCUCAGUGACCCUCUAAACUUCAGUGGGUCAUUGGUUAUUUUCAGAUGGUAGUUGUUGGGGAAAGGGUGUUAUGCAAGGGGCCUGACUUACUGUGUGAGGGAAAGAAAUGUGGGGCAGUUGCACUAACACACUGCUACCGUUGGGCACCACAGGUUGUGUGACUUCCCAAUCCAAAAUUGCUGGGUCC